AUGCCUAAAACGUCUAAAAAGGAUUCUACCCCUGUUCGUAAUAUCUCCACAACACGAGGCAACAAGAGGCCUGCACUGAACUCACCACCAGAAGAACACAGCUUAACCAGUGACAGAGUACGUGCUAUUGUUGAAGACGUAGUAAAGACUGAGUUGAGUGCUAUGAUGGAAAAGCUAAAGUGCAGUAUGCUCGACAUAAUAAAUAAGGAAUUGACACCAAUUAAAAAAGAAAUAAGGGAUAUGAACGAGUCUAUGACUUUUAUCAACAGCAAAUUCGAAUUGAUCGAAGCCGACCAAUUAAACGCGAAUAAACUCCUAAAAAAUAUACAGGAAGAUAACAAAAAGUUGGAAAGCACAGUGGCAGAUUUAACACAACGUCUGAAUUACUUGGAACAGCAGUCUCGUUCAAACAACAUUGAAAUCCAAUGCGUCAUAGAAAGGUUGACGCAACAAAAGUCAGCAUUAGAACACCAGCUAAUGGCCUCAUCUACAGCUACACCGUUGUACGUCGCUACGGGAAGUGCGAUCGUUCAGAACCAACAACUCACAACUGUUAUGAAGGAAAACCAGAAAUUGAAAAAAAUGAACGCGAAACUUAUAGCAAUAUGUCACAAGCGCGGCAAGUCUCACAUAGACGCUAACCGGGAAAAUGAAGAUCCCGCGGAACAAAUAAAUAGAUCA